AGAGCGCGGGCGCGGUUGCCGUGGUAGCGCCAGCCCGAGGGAGGGCGGCGGCGCGGGGCCAGGACCCCGGCUGGCAGAGAGGCGGCGACGCGGCCACCCGAGAGUGUGCGGCCGGGCAGCUGAGAGGCGGGCGCCCCGCCCUGCUGGCUGGUGGGGAUGCGGGACCGGCUGCCCGACCUCACGGCGUGUAGGAAAAACGACGAUGGAGACACUACUGUCGUGGUUGUUGAAAAGGACCAGUUCAUGGAUGAUUUCUUCCAUCAGGUGGAGGAGAUUCGAAGCAGCAUAGCCAGGAUUGCUCAGCACGUGGAAGACGUGAAAAAGAACCACAGCAUCAUCCUUUCUGCCCCAAACCCAGAAGGAAAAAUAAAAGAUGAUCUGGAAGACCUGAACAAAGAGAUCAAGAAAACAGCUAACCGGAUCCGAGGCAAGCUGAAGUCUAUUGAGCAGAGCUGUGAUCAGGAGGAGAGUGGGAACCGAACUUCGGUGGACCUGCGGAUACGGAGGACUCAGCACUCGGUGCUGUCCCGGAAGUUUGUGGAAGUCAUGACAGAGUACAACGAAGCGCAGAUCCUGUUUCGGGAGCGAAGCAAAGGCCGCAUCCAGCGCCAGCUAGAGAUCACUGGGAGGACCACCACUGACGAUGAGCUGGAGGAGAUGCUGGAGAGUGGGAAGCCAUCCAUCUUCAUCUCGGAUAUUAUAUCGGAUUCACAAAUUACUAGGCAAGCUCUCAACGAGAUCGAGUCACGUCACAAAGACAUCAUGAAGCUGGAGACCAGCAUCCGAGAGCUGCACGAGAUGUUCAUGGAUAUGGCCAUGUUCGUGGAGACCCAGGGUGAAAUGGUCAACAACAUCGAGAGAAAUGUGAUGAAUGCUGCAGACUAUGUCGAACACGCCAAGGAAGAAACCAAGAAAGCCAUCAAAUAUCAGAGUAAAGCCAGGCGGAAAAAGUGGAUAAUUGCUGCUGUUGCGGUGGCUGUCAUUGCUGUCCUGGCUCUAAUCAUUGGCUUGUCGGUUGGCAAAUGAUUGCGUAGAUGGCGCUGGGUGCUUGCCUCUCCCUCAGGGUGGCAAAGGUGAUGUUCGUCCUCAUUUGUGUAGUCACUUUGCUUGUGAUCCUUGGAAUUAUCCUAGCAGCAGCAUUGUCAUAGCAACCACACCCCAAGAGCUCUUUGUCCUCAGAGACUCCGACCACGUCUGCAGCGGAAUCAGUGUCCUGUCCUUCCACAUGUGAUCUCAGACCUUAGGGCUAGCGCUGAGUGCGGAGGCUUGUAUUGGUGAUGAAGAAUGGAGCGCCACAGAGGUUUCAUACCAUGAAAACACCAGGAGCCAAGCGGAUGCAGCAUGCCAGUCCAGAUGGCCUUGGGCUCUGAAGGAUGCCACAGAGAUUUCACAAUGGUGGCCUUGUCUCAGUAGCCCUGAAAUAGGAAUGAUUGAAAAAUCCAACUUUUUUUUUUCUUUAAAGAUGUCAGUGUUACAAAUGUGUGUGCAGUUUAAUUAGGGUGUGCUCUGUGCUCUCUUGGCUGACAGUGAUAAUGAAGAGAUUUUGCACUGGGCCUGAUUUCUGUUCAUGUCUUGCUUGCAGAAUCACCAUGGAACUGUUUUGUAAGGUAGCUGUAAUUUUAAAUAGCCAUAAAUUAAAUUCCUUAAUAUAUUAACAUCGAACCCCCUUUUUCUAAGCUAGACACUGCCUUGGGAAGGACAAUGGGCAGGCCCUAGGCAGCCAUGUACAGGAAAACCUGGUCUCGCAGCCCUCGGGGCCUUUCUUGGGGGCUCUCUGGUGACCCUGCCCUAGGAAGUGUAAGGGUCUGAAGAGUCACUGGCUCACUUCUACCUGCUACAUCGUGGAGGUGACACACAGUCGUGUGCUGCACUCACGUUGGUCUCUUCCCCACUCACUGGUGCUGCUAGAGUCUCAAGGCAAGAUGGCGACGACGAUGGAGUCAAGACUGGUGCUCACUGAAGCCAUUCUUGGUCAGCAUCUGAAGGACCAGCAUCUCAGCUGAACCCCCACCAGUGCCCAGAGUCCCUGAGAAACUGUGAUAGGCGGUGUGAAGAUGUGGGCUGUUUUACACUGGUGAGUGAGGUACCCAGGGAUGGCCUAUCUGCCUGCUGAGCAUGUGAAGGACACCAAGCCUGGUGGACUCCGCCAACUGCGGACUGUGUGUGUGGAUGCUCACUCAGUCCCAGCCUCCUUUGGUUGGAUCUGACCUAGCCAUGCUGAUUCAGAACACCAAGCCUGAGGGAUCCUGAACCAUUCGGAAACCCACCACCUCUCUAGUGGUGAAUGUCACUCACUCACCUCACACCUCCCAGCCUGACACCCCAUGUGCCUAGAGCGACUGCAGGAGGCUGGCCUGUGUGUUCUGGUCUAGAGCUAGCCUGUAGUGGAGACACUCCUGCCUGGAAGCUUCCUGAAAGCUCUGAAGACAGAGCUGUGUUUGUGCAGCUCCACCCACCCCCGCUCUGCUUCAGUGCCUUUGAAUUUAGCUGCAGAGUUCCCGGCACUCGUGGCCGGGUUUCCUUCAAGUUCAGCCUGAGUCCUUGGCCUGCGAUGCGCUCCUCACUUUGUGCUCUGGUGGCCUCUCCACCAAGCAGGUGCCUGAAUGUGGCUUUCUGGUGAAGCAGGGGUGUGUGGUUGAGGGAGUCAGUCCUCAGGAUGUAUUUCUAUGUUGACGUCACAGCCUGUUUCAAAAUACAUUUACAGAUUGUGUUGUUUUCUUCAGAUUUCUUUCAAGGAUUUCUUCAGAAAUUUUGUGUUUACAUUAAAAAGUUCUCCAAGAAGCAAAUGA